UAUUCUACAAAUAAAAAAUAAAAAAAAAAAAAUCCAAGAAAGAGAGAUUAAAAGUAGACCCAUUUUCUGAUUUCUGGGUUUUUUGAGUUGAGAUUUCUGGGUCUCUAGUAGCAGAGAGAAAUGGUGGAGAACUGGAUGGUGGGGGUGGUCUUGCUGCUCACGCUCUCCAUUUCAGGGUGGAAACCGAGCUGUGUCAAUGGUGCCACAGAUCCAUCAGAUGUUUCUGCUUUAAAUGCUAUGUAUAGCGGAUUAGGUUCACCCCCGCAGCUAUCACAAUGGAGCUCAAGUGGUGGCGACCCAUGUGGACAGUCUUGGAAAGGUGUCACUUGUUCAGGCUCGAAAGUCACAGAAAUUAAAAUAUCUGGCCUUGGACUUUCUGGAUCAGUGGGUUUCCAGCUAGCAGAUAUGAAGUCUUUAACUGAGCUAGAUGUAAGCAGUAAUAAUUUGGGAGGUGAUAUACCUUAUCAACUUCCUCCAAAUGCCCAGAGAUUGAACCUUGCUAAUAAUCAGUUCACUGGAGGUCUUCCAUGGUCCAUUUCUCAGAUGUCUUCCCUUAAAUACCUAAACAUUGGUCACAAUCAGCUACAAGGCCCUCUUAGCGACAUGUUUGGACAGCUCACUUCGCUCACCUCAUUGGAUCUCUCUUUUAAUUCUCUGACGGGUAACCUCCCUCAGAGCUUCAGUUCCCUUUCAAGUAUGACCUCAAUGUAUGUGCAGAACAACCAGUUCACAGGAACGAUCAAUGUCCUAGCCAAUCUUCCUCUUAAUAAUUUGAAUAUUGCAAAUAACCGUUUCACUGGAUGGGUUCCUGAACAGUUGAAAAAUAUUAAUUUACAAAAAGAUGGUAAUUCAUGGAACUCAGGGCCUGCACCCCCACCUCCGCCUGGUACACCUCCAGCAAGCAGAACUAACCGGAAUCACAAAUCUGGAGGCAACAAUACUCCAUCCAGUGGUGACUCUGGUGGAGGCGGAAAAUCAGGAAUAGGUGGUGGUGCAAUAGCAGGAAUACUGAUAUCCAUCUUAGUUGUUGGGGCUGUAGUGGCAUUCUUCCUGGUGAAGAAGAGAAGAUCGAGGAGGUCAACCUCUGAUAUUGAAAAGCUUGAUAAUCAGCCUUUUGCUCCUCUAGCUUCAAGUGAAGUGCAAGAGAAUAAAUCUAUACAGACUUCCUCUGCAUUUGAGACCAAGACAUUUGAUUCAGUUCCUGCAAUAAACCUUCGACCUCCUCCUGCUGACCGUAACAAAUCAUUUGAUGAAGAUGAUUUCCCAAAGAAGCUUUCUGUUGUAAAGAAAGUUGCCACAGUUCCUGCAAAUGUGACAUCAUUUUCAAUAGCAGACUUACAGAUGGCUACUGGCAGUUUCAGUGUUGAAAAUCUUCUUGGUGAGGGGUCUUUUGGACGUGUUUAUCGGGCUCAAUUUGAUGAUGGGAAGGUGCUUGCCGUGAAGAAAAUUGACUCAUCAGCACUUCCUGGUGAAAUGUCAGAAGAAUUUACGGAGAUAGUGUCAAGUAUCUCCCGGUUGCAUCAUCCAAAUGUAACAGAGUUGGUUGGUUAUUGUUCAGAGCAUGGACAGCACCUGCUAAUCUAUGAGUUCCAUAAAAAUGGCUCAUUGCAUGACUUCCUGCAUCUGUCAGAUGAGUAUAGCAAACCAUUGAUAUGGAAUUCACGCGUUAAAAUUGCUCUUGGAACUGCUCGUGCAUUAGAGUACCUGCAUGAAGUCUGCUCACCAUCCAUUAUUCACAAAAAUAUGAAAUCAGCCAACAUUUUACUAGAUUCUGAGCUCAAUCCUCAUCUAUCAGACUCUGGCAUUGCAAGCUUUUCCCCAAAUGCAGAUAAGGUGAAUUUUGAGAUUCUUGGGGCUCUAUUUAGUUGUAGUCAGAGAACAUUUUGUGUUGGUGAACUUUUGUUCUUUUCAAUUUGUGUAUGUUUGCAUGUAAAAACAUGUAUAAUUGUUGAAAAUGAAAUCAGGUUUCGGAAAUGGAUAGACAAAAUAUGGGUUGAGUUUGAAAAGAAUGAAAAAGCUAUUUUCAAACUUAUGCCAUAUUUUCAUUCUCAUUUUCUAAAUUUUGUUUCCAUUUUCGAAAAACUAUACAUAUUUUUGUAUAUAAAACAUUUAUGCAUAUAGAUGAUAGAAACUCAA